GUGGUUGCCUUGGGAGAUGUUCCUGAUGGGACACUGGUAACAGUGAUGGCUGGAAAUGAUGAAAACUACUCUGCAGAACUCAGAAACGCCACGGCUGCCAUGAAAAAUCAAGUAGCAAGGUUCAACGACCUUCGAUUCGUGGGUAGAAGUGGAAGAGGGAAAAGCUUCACACUGACUAUCACGGUCUUCACAAAUCCACCGCAAGUAGCCACAUAUCACAGAGCCAUCAAGAUAACAGUGGACGGACCUCGCGAACCCAGAAGACAUCGUCAGAAAAUAGAUGAGCAGACAAAGCCCGGGAGCUUGUCCUUUUCAGAGCGCCUGAGUGAACUGGAGCAGUUGCGUCGUACGGCCAUGAGGGUCAGCCCACACCACCCAGCCCCCACACCCAACCCACGAGCCUCCUUGAACCACACCACUGCUUUUAACCCUCAGCCUCAGAGUCAGAUUCAGGACACGAGGCAAGUACAGCCAUCUCCACCAUGGUCCUACGACCAGUCCUACCAGUACCUGGGCUCCAUUGCCACCCCCUCCGUGCACCCCGCCACACCAAUAUCACCCGGCAGGGCUAGCGGCAUGACAUCCCUCACCGCAGAGCUUUCAAGCCGGCUGUCAAGUGCUUCUGACCUGACUGCCUUCAGUGACCCCCGGGUGGGAAUCGACCGCUCCUUCUCCACGCUCCCCUCAAUCUCUGACCCUCGGAUGCACUACCCGGGAGCGUUCACCUACACGCCAACGCCCGUCAGUUCAGGGAUAGGAAUCGGUAUGUCUGCCAUGUCCACGGCCACGAGAUACCACACUUACCUCCCACCUCCCUACCCUGGCUCCUCACAGGCCCAGGGCAGCCCGUUCCAGACCACGUCACCCUCCUACCACCUCUACUACGGAACCUCCGCCGGCUCCUAUCAGUUCUCCAUGAUCUCGGGGGGAGACCGGUCCCCGCCUCGCAUCCACCCUCCCUGCACCAACGCCUCCACGGGAUCGACGCUCCUCAACCCCAACCUCCCCAACCAAAGCGACGUGGUUGAGGCAGAAGGGAGCCACAGCAACUCCCCCACCAACAUGGCAACCACAGGGAGGCUAGAGGAAGCAGUGUGGCGACCAUACUGA